GCAAACUAUGACAUGACUCCCUGAUGCAUUCAACCCAUCGACGGCACAAUAUGGGAAUGGAUCGGCUGGACUCCUACGGCGACGACGUCCUAAUCUACCAUAGGAACAAAGCGUCGGGCUGGCCGCCCCCUGGUCCCGGCUCCUGGGGGGGACUGCAGGGGCCCCCGUACAGCUGGGACAGCAUGAACAACACCAGGGAGGCACGGGACUGCCUCACCAACCAAGUGUCCCAGAGCAGCUCCCUGGAGGAGGUCCACCUGGACGGGGUUCCCCCUGCUCCGCGCCUGGUGGAGAUGAGGCGGGACCCCGUGCUGGGCUUCGGGUUCGUGGCGGGCAGCGAGAAGCCUGUGGUGGUGCGCUCCGUCACGCCAGGCGGCCCGUCGGAGGGGAAGCUGCUGCCGGGCGACGAAAUCAUCAUGAUCAACGACGAACCCGUCAGCUCGGCUCCCAGAGAACGAGUCAUCGAUCUCGUCAGGAGCUGCAAAGAAUCCAUUAUGUUGACUGUGGUCCAACCGUAUCCUUCCCCUAAAUCGGCGUUCAUCAGUGCGGCCAAAAAAGCCAUGCUCAAGUCCAAUCCGGUCAAAGUGCGCUUUGCUGAGGAGGUCAUUAUAAACGGCCAGGUUCCAAACCCGGUGAAGGACAACUCCCUUCUGUUCAUGCCAAACGUCCUGAAGGUCUACCUGGAGAACGGGCAGACCAAGUCGUUCCGCUUCGACAGCAGCACCUCCAUCAAGGAGGUGAUCCUGACCCUGCAGGAGAAGCUGUCCAUCAAAUGCAUCGAGCACUUCUCCCUGGUGCUGGAGCAGAGCUGCGAAGGCGAGGGGAGCAGACUGCUGCUCCUGCACGAGCAGGAGAUGCUAACUCAGGUGACCCAGAGGCCCGGCUCGGACAAGAUGAAGUGUUUCUUUCGGAUCAGCUUCGUUCCCAGGGACCCCGUGGAGCUGCUCCGGAGGGACGCCGUGGCAUUUGAAUACCUCUACGUUCAGAGCUGCAACGACGUGGUCAUGGAGCGGUUCGGCCCGGAGCUGAAGUACGACGCGGCGCUGCGCCUGGCCGCACUGCAGAUGUACAUCCUCACCAUGACCACCAGGCAGAGCCAGAAGGUUUCCCUGAAAUACAUCCAGAAGGAGUGGGGUCUGCCGCUGUUCCUGCCUCCCGCCGUGCUGUCCAGCAUGAAGGAGAAAAACAUCAAGAAGGCCCUGACGCACAUCCUCAAAACCAACCAGAACCUCGUGCCUCCAGGGAAGAAACUGACGGCUCUGCAGGCCAAGGUGCAUUACCUGAGGUACCUCAGUGAGCUCAGACUCUACGGAGGGAGGGAGUUCAAAUCAAUACUCUUGCAAGGCGAGAAGCAGACGGACGUGACGCUCUUGGUGGGCCCGCGAUACGGCAUCAGUCACGUCAUCAACGCGCGCACCAACCUCGUGGCCCUGCUGGCCGACUUCAGCCACGUCAACCGCAUCGAGAUCCUCACCGAGGACGAGACCAACGUGCGGCUGGAGCUCCACGUCCUGGAUGUCAGGCCCAUCACUCUGAUCAUGGAGUCCAGUGAUGCAAUGAACCUGGCCUGUCUAACAGCAGGAUACUACCGCCUCCUGGUGGACGCCAGGAGAUCUAUUUUCAGCAUGGCCCACUGCAACAGCACAGGAGGGGACGACAACAGUCAGGAUCGCGUCCUGGAGUGGCCAUACAGCACAUCUCUCGGAGACAUGGAGGAGCCGUCGCCCAGCCAGGGAGAGAUCUACAACAGGGAGUCUGAGUAUUCGGACAACGGGCAAAGAGAGAACAGCAUUUCUCCGUACUUCCACGAACCCCAAAACCCCGACAGAGACCUGGGGAUGCGGAGAAGUCCGUUGCCACCUCCUCUCCCCCCUGCUACCCGACAUAAACCUCAAGACUCGCCACGUAGCGCCAAAGUGUCAUUUAUUUUCGGGGGGAACCCGACCUUAAACACACCGAAGCAUUUAGGUUAUGAAAGACUGUUAGAGAGCCCCGAGGUACCUGAGCACAGACCCAUCUACCUGCACAACAACUCUGACUUUCAGCAACAGGAAAAAGUGCCAUUUCAGUUCAGUGGUCUCACGCACGUCUACAGUAACAUCAUCACCGAGGAGGGCGGUGAGGAGCCGCUCCUCAGGGAUUUGUUUUAUCGUGACACGACGGACGACGCAGAGGACGACGACGACGCCUCCUGCGAGGAGGACUCCACGGGGGGCACGCCCGUGGGCGACGAGAGGCCUGGUGGGCAUCAAGGGGCGGGAUUACCCACAACAGCCGGCAAAGCCACGUUUCUCAAGAUUUCUGGGUCUACCGACGACAUCAUCGACCUCACGUCACUGCCUCCUCCGGAGGGGGACGACGGCGUGGACGAAGAUGAGGAUGACACGCUGCUGCAGACGCUCAACCUUGCGAUUGCAGCUCCGCCGCCGGGCUUCCGGGACAGUUCUGAUGAGGACACGUCGCCGGAGGGGAAGCACCAAAGCUCACGGGACAUUGACGAGAUCCCCGUUUCUUUAAUAGAUGCCAUUCCGACACACGGCGAGGGGGAAGGGAGCACAGGAGGGGAAAGACGGCUUGAGAAUGCAGUCAUGAACACUCUACAAGCAUUGGAGGCUCUUUCGGUCUCGGAACAGAGACCUCCCCCACCACCGCCGCCUCCACCCAGCAGUAACAAUCCAGGUGUUUACACGUCUCAUGGCUUUAGUCCAGAGUCGUCCUCUGAUUCUGGCAAUGAGACCAACUCCUCAGAGAUGACUGAAAUCUCUGAACUAGCUGCUACUCACAGGCUCAACGAGAGUCACAUGCGACUGCUUGUUGCCACAAGGGAAGGAUACCAACCUUUGCUUGAGGAGAAAACCGAGUUUCCUGUGUCGCCUUGUACAGGAGGAACAACGCAGAAGAAGCCUCGCAGUCCAACGCGGCACCUUCAGCCUCCGGCAGUGCCUCCGAGACGGAGCCCCCAACUUGACCCAGCGUCAUCACGUCCAGAGAGUUUGGAGGUGAGACCGCAAGCGAACUUCUCAGCCACUCUGCAGCGUCCAAGCUCCACCACGCCAGGUGGAAAGCACCACAGGAAAUCUGCAGACUCCAGAGGAAAGUACAACACCUUUAGUACAAGGGAAGGACACCGAGGUGAGAUAGCUGGCAGCCGUGGCCAUCUAAGUUUUGACCAGCGCACUUCUUUUUGUGAACGAGAUGAAACUCAGAGAAGACAAAGUACUUUUUUGUCGGCAAAUUCUGUCGGUGAGGGCCUCACAGUAAACAGCCUCCCGCGUGACCACCGCAGAAACCUCCACCCUUCUUCCUCAAUGUCCGAUCGCCUUCUGGAUGUGGUAGAGAACUGCAGCACCAACAAUGGAGCUGCUGCUGUCGAGCAAGAUGAACAUCUCGUGGUGGCAUCAUUGUUGUCCCCGGCCAAAAAGUCCAGAUCAGGGGGCUCUGACCAGGGAUCGGAUAUCCAAAGUGACCAUCAGCCGAUUUCAAGGCAACAGAGUGUCGCACGGUUGUGCGAGUACCAUCUAGCCAAAAGGAUUUCAAGUUUGCAAGGAGAAGUCCACAGUUCAUUGCAGGGCUCCUUGUGCUCCUCACUGGAUGCUGGUGGCAGCACAAACAGUAGUGCCUGUGCAACUCCAACGGACUCACCACUCGGCCAGGGAACAGUCGAAUCCAAGCAUCACCAUUUGCAAAAGCACCCACUUUCCAGCUCCUCCUCCUCAUUACUCAGGGUGCUAAACUAUGAAGAUACCAAACCUGGUGUCUCUUUUGGCAUCCCUGGACAGAGCACUCAGGGAAAAGACCUCCACCCUCAUGCAGACCCUGCACUCCUCCGGAAAAUGCUACCCAACAUUCACCACCCUGGUUCUGGGUCAGAACAGAGUCGACCUUCUUCAGCCACACCCUCAAAGCAUAAAGAACCCACAGGUGGUGCAAGUAAAAGGCCGCACAAUGACCUGCAUGCCAAACAACAGGCCUGUCUCAAGGGGCUGAGCCAAAAAGAAGGCAGUGAAGCCUACAGACAGCUGAUCAACUACCUAACAGUCAGCCAGAUGCAUCAGGGAGGAAAGCUCCACAGUGCAGGCAUGGGAGGGGCAGUGAAGAAAGACACCAGACGUUUUAUCACGAGCAACCCUCAGCUUGUUGAAAUGGUUAAGAACAGGGGGAAUACUAUUGCUCGCUGUCCAUGCAUGCCUUCUUCGAUAUCAUCUCCAUUCCUCAGCCCAAAUUUAGUCAACCCUAAUGCAGCCGCCUUGCAGAUGGCAAAUAAAAACCCACGUUCAUACCACUCUGCUACUCUUCCAGCCAAGCUGAAGAGAAGUCCAGAUACGCAUGCUCAACGAGUGAAUGAUAAUUUAGAUUUCAGACCAGCCACUGCAGAGAGGAGGAGCUCCUUUUCUGGAUUGGAGAGUGAGCUGGAGAGGAGUGGUAUGGAUCCAGAGCAUUUCUUGGCUCUAUACAAAAGAGAGGGGCGUAACGGCGGAUUCAUGACAGGCGGAAACCGUGAGGGUGGGGGCACCACUAAUCGCCUCCCACCUCGAUCGAGAAGCCAACCCAGCGGGACCACAGAAGACUGGUUCAAAUCAGAGCCAAGGUCAAAAAGUGCGAUUCGUCAGUCUUCUCAUACUCGUCCAAACGACCCUCCCUUCUUCUCUGCCACCCUGAGUGGGAGUGGUCAGCGAGCAGACCUAAACACCGUCUCGCUGGGAAGGGGAGACCAUCCUUCCGCCUUCAUCAGGCAGGCAUCUACCACUACUAGAGCUUGCGUUACCUCCCCGUCGCCCAACCUGCAAUCACCACCUCCUCCACCACCUCCCCCGCCACCUCCUCCCACGCUGUCUCUUCCUGUCCAAAUCAACAGUAGCUCUAGCAACUCAGGAUGCACACAAGACUCCCUACAUCCCAUUCAGUCCAGGCAAAAUCACAACCACACUCACGCCAUCAGCCCUACCCUGCCACUGACGGAUCCCUUUAGCAAUAACCUGCAGCGGGGCCGGGAGCUCAAACGCAGCUCCAGUAACGUGACUGCCAGCUCUGGCAGCGUGGAAGUUCUGUUCGAUAAGCCCACCCGGAGCCGGAGCCAGCAGCCCCUUUCACCAUCUAUGCCCCAGCAAAGUGACACUAAAGUCCAGCGGAGACCAACCAGGAAGCGCCUCUCCAAGAGCUAUUCUCAAGGCUCUGUAGCUAGCCACACAACAUGCUGGUCUUCUGGUAACAGGGUCGACAGUAGAAGGGCAUCUGUGGCAUUUCCUUUACAUAAAGACGCAAAACACAAGAAGGGCUCUCAACAACUGGACACCAGUCCCUGGAGAUGCAACGGGCCCUUCAGCUACUGUUUCUUCAAGCGGAAAAGUGAGGGAGAAGAGGAUGAGAUUGAGUGGGAGAGGCCCAGACGAAGCCGUAGUGGAAAUGAUGCCGACCUCGAUGGUGCUUUGGGCCUGUUGCCCUGCGACUCGACGCUGGACGCUGCUGGAGAGCAGCUGUACGGGGAGGUGCUCAACAACAUGAGCUUCAGUGACCGUUUGGCACGAAUCAAUGCUCUCAAGGACCGCAUGUACAGCUUCCCUUCGGGUUUUAACGACGUCCGCCGUGAUGCUAGUGAGCUGAUUGCACUGGUGAGGUCCAGCAUAGGCCGUUGCGAUCGCGGUGUCCAGAUGCCAAUCCAGGAUGUAUCCCAGUACAAGCAGCUCCUCUCUGUCGAGUCGAAAGAAUUAGGCCGGGCAUGCCGGAGGAUGGCGCAGGCCCAUGGUACCCCCGAGGAAAUGCUCCUGGCUGUGACUUGUAGCUUUCAGGUGCUAUGCUGCCUUUGCGAGGCUUGUAUGUGUCUGGUGAAGGGGCUCGGAGCCUCGGCCUCACACCAGCAGAGAGAGGUCGUGGCCAAGGUGGACGAAGUGGUCAUGAACUACAUCUGUUUGCUCAGAGCGGCUGAGGCUGCCACAGUGGGAGCACCAGGGGAGCACAGCAUGAAAGCCCUGGUCCGCCACUCCAGCACCAUGUCGGCUAUCGCUAACGCACUCACCCGCUCCCUUAAAACGCUGCUUAGCAAGUAGAGGCUACUCCUCAUGCUUUAUAGUGUGGCCUACGCAGUCAGUAGACAUCUGUCUUUAAGCAAUAUUGCUUUCUGGUCUACUGGAAUAGUCCUAGAUUUUUUUCAGACAAUAUCUCAAUGUUCUCCGUAAAGACAAGUUAGACUGAGCAUUGCAGUUACAUAACAUGCUAAAAAAAGAUGCUAAAAGACUGUACUUGCUUGUAUAAUGUAUAUUUACGAAGCCAUACUGUCACAGACCUUUGUAUUAUAUAAGUACCAAGUAGAUAAUAUACCCUUUUACCUGUGCAUUAUGUAACUUAUUUUGAUAUGUGUAUAAUGUAUAUAAAUACAAUAUAAAUAUAUUAUUUGAAGUAGCAGUUUUAAAAAAGAAA